AUGGGACACAUUCUAUACAAGAACCAGACCCAGCUACUGGUGGUGAAGGGUCUGGAGGAUGUGGAGGUGUGUGAGAGCGAGGGUUGCACCUUCGAGGUGACCCUCAACCUGUCCUACAUAGAUGGCACAUGGACCAAGGACGGGGUCAGGCUCAAGUCAAAGCCCACCUGUCGCAUCGCUUCCCAUCGGAAUAAACACACUCUCACCUUCACCCGGGUCACCGUUGGAGACACUGGCCUGUUCUCCUUCCAGACUGAUGGGGCCCAAAGCUGUAUUCAAACCUCAGGUCAACUCAUUGUCAUAGCCAGAGACAUCCAGAUCAUGAAGGAGUUGGAUGACAAGGAAGUGACUGAGAGGCAGAGUGUGACCUUCCUGUGUGAGGUCAACUAUGAGAACGUGGACGGGCGCUGGUACAGAGACAACACCAGGAUCAAACACGGAGACAACGUCAAGAUCAGACACGAGGGUAAAACGCAUACCAUGUGCUUCAAGUCUGUAAGGCCAGCAAAUGCUGGGGAGAUCAAGUUCACUGCAGACAGGGUCUCCUCCUAUGCAAUUCUCACGGUGAAAGAGCUGCCUGUGCAGAUAGUGAAGCCUCUGAGAGUGAAGAUUGCUAUGUACAAACACAAAGGCCUGCUGGAGUGCCAGGUGUCGCGGGCCAACGCCCAGGUCAGGUGGUUCAAGAACAGGCAUGAGAUCCAGCCCAGCCGGAAGCACCAGAUCGUCAGCGAUGACGUCUACAGGCAGCUCCACAUCGACGAAGUGGUCUCGUCUGAUGAGGACACCUACACCUGUGAUGCUCAUGAUGACAAGACGUCCUGUCAGCUGUUAGUGGAGGAGCAGGCUAUCAGCAUAUUGCGGGGGCUGAGGUCCCUGGAGGUGACGGAGCCCAGGGAGGCCCUGUUCCAGGUGGAGAUCAACCUGCGGGCGGGGAGACCCCCCAAGUGGACCCUGGAUGGAGAGGUCCUGAUGGAGGGGCCUAGAGUGAGCAUAGACCGGGAGGGGACCAUGCACACCCUCUGCUUCAACAGCACAGACAGCUCUAUGACCGGUACCGUGCAGUUCAACGCCGGGAAGAGCCGCUCCACCGCACAGCUCACUGUCAAGGAGCGCCCUCUAAAGGUGGUCCAGCCCAUGCCAGACGUGGAGGCUAAAGAGAACAGCUCGGUCACACUGAGCUGUCAGUUCGCCCCCUCCCCCAGGGUGGUGCGCUGGUACAGAGGCCGCACCGCCCUGCAGACGUCCAGCAAGUACAGCAUGAGGACGGAGAAGAGCCAGGCAGAGCUGACCAUCCAGGGCCUCAAGGAGAGCGAUACUGGCCAGUACAGCUGCAUGGCUGGAGGGUCAAAGAGCACGGCCAAGGUCACUGUGGAGGUGCGAAGGCUAAAGAUCAUAAGGCACCUGGAGCACGUGGAGGUGGAGGAGGAUAGCAACGCCACGUUCACCUGUGAGCUCAACUAUGUGGUCGCCAAUGUGCAGUGGCUCCUGAACGACAAACAUCUUAACGCCAACCCCGUCACCAGGAUCCAAAACAUGGGCACCAUCCACAGCCUCACCAUCAAAAAGCUCUGCCCCCAGGAGAGCAGAGUCACGUUCAAAGCCGGCCUGCUCACCGAGUCCACCUCCCUCAAGGUCAAAGAAAAGCCAGCGGUGUUCCUGAGGUCUCUAGAAGACAUGUCAGGGGAGGAGGAGGGGAAGUUGUGUCUGCAGUGUGAGACCUCUAAGGAAACGGUCACCCCCGUCUGGAGGAAGGAUGGUACAGUCCUUGCCAGCAGUGACAAGUAUGAGCUGCUCAAGUUUGGGAAGUCCUUAGCGCUCAUCAUCCAUAGUCUGAGUAAGGAUGAUGCUGACCACUAUAGCUGUGACCUGGGCACCAGCCAGACCAAGGCCAAGGUCACUGUACAUGACCUUCACAUCACCAUUGCCCAGCGUAUGAAGACGGCCUCUGUUCUGGAGGGUGAGAGCUGCAGUUUCGAGUGCGUCCUCUCUCAUGAUGUCAUCGACGAGCCCUCCUGGACCCUGAACGGUCAACUUGUGGUCAGCAACAGCCGCUUCCAGAGCGUAAACAAGGGCCGCAAGUACAAGAUGACCAUCAGAGAUGCAACCUUGACGGACGCCGGGGACGUAGUCUUCUUCAUCAAAGACCUCAGCUGCAGGACCAUGCUAUUUGUCAGAGAGAAGCCAGUGCAUGUUUUCAGGGACAUGAUGAAUGUCAAAGCCACCCCAGGGGAGGACGCUGAGCUGAGCUGUGAGAUCACCAAGCCUGAGGCCUUCAUACGCUGGCUGAAGAAUGGCCAUCAGAUCAGGCACAGCCCCCCCAAGUACGAGAUCAAUGUGGAGGACCACCUGGUACGGCUGGUGAUCACGAACACCUGCAUCAGAGACUCUGGGGAGUACUGCUGUGAAGCAGACGGCAUUGCCACCCGGGCUAAGCUGGAGGUCAGAGAGCUGCAGCACAUGUUUGCACGUGAGCUGCGGGAGGCACAGGCUGAGGAAAAGAGCAAGGUGACGCUGGAGUGUGAGACGAGAUUGCCGGCCAAGCGGGUGACCUGGCUGAAGGGCAUGGCGGAGCUCCGGGCGGGCAAGAAGUAUGUGAUGAAACAGAAGGGCGUAGUCCUCUCCCUCACAAUCAGCUGCCUGGAGAAGGGUGACACGGACGUGUACACCUGCGACGUUGGCACCAUGCAGAGCCGGGCGCUACUGACCGUGCAUGGUCAGAAGGUGUUGAUCAUGGAUGAGUUGGAGGACGUUGAGUGUCUGGAGAAUGACACGGUGAUGUUCAGGUGCCGUAUCUGUCCCAGCGACUAUGUUGGGGUCAAGUGGUACCUGGAUGAGACCUUACUGUACACCAACAAGCUGAAUGAGAUCCAGGUGGUCCCGGGGGGAUACCACAGCUUAACCUUCAAACAGCUGGCCCGUAAAGACUCGGGCACCAUCUCCUUCGAGGCAGGCGACAAGAGGUCCUACGCCUCAUUGCUUGUUAGAGAGAGACGUCCAACCAUUACCAAAACAUUGGAGGAUUGUGAGGCCAUUGAGGGAGGCAGUUUGGUGCUUGUGUGUAUGACCUCUAAGCCAUGCCACAUCCUGUGGUACAAAGAUGGCUGCCUAAUGUGGAGCUCCUCAAGGUACUACGUCAGUCGCUCAGGUAACGAGGCCAGGCUGACCAUCAGGGAGGUCAGUAACAGCGAUGCUGGGGUGUACGAGUGCAGCGCUGGAUCGGUCAGCACCAAGGCUGUCGUCAAUGUGAAAGCCAUCCCAGCUGAGUUCACCCAGCCGCUGCAGAACAUGGAGGUGAAGGAGGGGGAGGAUGUGACCCUGUGGUGUGAGUUCUCCCUGCCGGGGGUUGCGUUCCACUGGAGGAGGGGCCUGGAGAACCUCAGGGCUGGAGAGAGGUACCUGAUGAAGCAGAAGAAGUCCCUCAUCUCUCUGACCAUCACCGGCCCGAAGCCUGAAGACUCAGGAGACUACACCUGUCAGUGCCGAGACCACAGAACGACAGCCACCCUCACAGUCCACGCUAUCCCCAUCUCCUUCAAACAACAAUUGAAGAAUAUUCAGGCUGAGGAAGGCAACAGUUUCACAUUGCGCUGUGAGCUCUCCAAACCGGGAGUCCCCGUAGAGUGGAAAAAAGGAGAGGAGCUGCUGAGGAUUGGAGUGAAGUUCCAGAUAAGAAAGAGAGAGACCAUAUCGGAGCUUCAGAUAGGGAAAGCUGUGCCAGAAGACAGUGGAGUUUACAGCUGCCAGUGUGCAGACCAAAAGACCACGGCCACCGUCAAAAUCAGCGCCCUGCCCGUUACCUUCAAACAAAAGCUGAGGAACGUGCAGGUUGAGGAGGGGAACAAUUUGGUGUUACACUGUGAGCUCUCUAAACCAGGAGUCCCUGUAGAAUGGAUAAUGGGAGGAGAGGAGCUGCUGAACAAUGGAGAGAAGUUUCAGAUAAAGCAGAGAGAGUUGGUGAAUGAACUGAAGAUUCUGGAUACAAAACCUGAAGACAGCAAUAUCUACACCUGCGUUUGUGGCAAUGUGGAGACCACAGCCGGUGUUACUGUCACGGCAAUUCCCAUCACUUUCAAGCAAAAGCUGAGGAAUCUGCAGACCGAGGAAGGGAACACCAUCAGCCUGCACUGUGAGCUUUCUAAAUCAGGGGUCCCUGUGGAGUGGAGGCUGGGAGGAGAGAUGAUACUGCAAAAUGGAGACAAGUAUCAGAUGAAGCAGAGAGGCUUGGCACUGGAGCUCGUCAUCAGGGAGCCUCUGCCUGAGGACAGUGGAGUCUACAGCUGUGUGUGUCGAGACCAGAAGACCAAGGCCACAGUCAAAGUCAUUGCUGUACCCGCCACCUUCAGAGUGGGUCUGAAGAACCAGGAGGCCCAAGAGAAGGGCAGUGUGACCCUGCGCUGUGAGUUGUCUAAGUCUGGCGUCCCGGUGGAGUGGUGGAGGGGGGAGACAGAACUGUCCCAGGACCUGUUAGGGGGAAAAUACCAGAUCAAACUGGAGGCGAGGAUCGCUGAGAUGACCAUUACCAACGUGCAACCGGAGGACAUGGGAAAAUACAGCUGUGUCACUGGAGACCAGAAGACCACCGCUGCUGUUAAAGUGCAAGCUCUCCCUGUGACGUUCAAGCGCCAGCUCCAGAACACCAUGAUCAAAGAGGGGGACAGUGGGGAGUUCUGGUGUGAGCUCUCCAAGCCUGGAGCCCCAGUGGACUGGAGGAAGGGGAGAGUCAUCCUGAAGUCUGGAGACAAAUAUGAGAUGAAGCAGGAGGGAUGCAUCACUAAACUGCUCAUCCAUGACGUGGAGGAGAGUGACGCUGGGAAAUACACCUGCAAGACUAAAGACGCCCAGUCAACUGCUGAGCUGACCGUGAAGGGCCUACCCCCCACUUUCAAAGAACAGCUGAGGAACAUGGAAGUUGAGGAGGGUAAGACUGUGACGCUACACUGUGAGCUGUCUAAGCCUGCAUCCUCAGUGGAGUGGAAGAGGGGAGCACAGCUGUUGAAGAAUGUAGACAAGUACCAGAUGAAGAAGAAAGAUUUACUGGUGGAAUUGAAGAUUAUCGAUGCUAAUCUGGAAGACAGUGGGGUUUACACCUGCAUUUGUGGUGAACAAAAGACCACAGCCACUGUUACAAUAAAUGCACGCCCCUUCACAUUUAUAGAAGAGCUGAGGAACGUUCAGGUUGAGGAGGGCAACAAUGUGACAUUGCGCUGCGAGCUCUCUAAACCAGGGAUGUUGGUAGAAUGGAUGAGAGGAACAGAUCUGCUGCGGAACGGAGAGAAGUUCCAGAUGAAGCAGAAACACGCAACGUUGGAGCUGAUCAUCAGGAAAACCAUACCUGAGGACAGUGGAGUCUACAGCUGCGUGGUGGAGGACCAGAAAACGUUUGCCACCAUCCUUAUCACUGCCGUCCCAGUCACUUUCAAGCAGAAACUAAAGAACCAAGAGGCCCUGGAGGAGGGCAGUGUGACGUUGCGCUGCGAGCUGUCUAAAUCAGGAGUCUCUGUGGAAUGGCUGAAGGGAGAGGAGCUGCUGAGGGAAGGGGAGAGGUACCAGAUGAAACAGGAGGGGAGGACUGCUGAGAUGGUCAUCAGGAACGUGGUCCUGCAGGACGCUGGGGAGUAUAGCUGUGUCACCGCCUGCAACGUCAAGACAACAGCUGACAUCAAAGUUAGGGCCCUCCCUGUAACAUUCACACAAGAGGUCCAGAAUGUGGUGAUCAAAGAGGGGGACAGUGGGGAGUUCUGGUGUGAGCUCUCCAAGCCUGGAGCCCCAGUGGACUGGAGGAAGGGGAGAGUCAUCCUGAAGUCUGGAGACAAAUAUGAGAUGAAGCAGGAGGGACGCAUCACUAAACUGUUCAUCCAUAACGUGGAGGAGAGUGACGCUGGGAAAUACACCUGCAAGACUAAAGACGCCCAGUCAACUGCUGAGCUGACCGUGAAGGCUCCUCCCAUCACGUUCAAGGUGAAGUUGAAGAACCAGGAAGUUGAGGAGGAGAACAGUGUGACGUUAUUCUGCGAGCUCUCUAAACCAGGACUGAUGGCAGAGUGGAGGAAGGGAGAGGAGCUGCUGAAGAAUGGAGUGAGGUACCAGAUAAAGAAGAGAGAGGCAACGAUGGAACUGACCAUCAGGAAAGCAGUGCUCGAGGACACCGGAUUCUAUAGCUGUGUUUACGCAGAAGCCAAAACCACUGCCACUGUCAACAUCAUCGCCAUACCUGUCACCUUCAAAAUGGGUCUGAAGAACCAAGAGGCCCCAGAGGGGGGCAUCGUGAAGCUGUGCUGUGAGCUGUCUAAGGCUGGAGUCCCGGUGGAGUGGUGGAAAGGGGAGGAGGAGGUGAGCCCUGGAGGAAGGUACCAGAUGAAGCUGGAGGGAAAGAUAGCGGAGAUGCACAUCAAGAACAUCCAACCAGAGGACGUGGGGGAGUACAGCUGUAUAUUCGGAGAUCAGAAGACCACUGCUGAAGUCAACGUGAGAGCUGCUGCAUCAGUCUUCUUUGAGAAGGAGCUGGAGAGCAAGGUGGUGAUGGAGGGGAAGUCUGUGGUCCUUUCCUGUGAGGUCUCCAGUGUUACCGUCCCCGUCACCUGGAGGAAGGACUCCUGCCUGGUCACAGAUGGGGAGAGGUUCACUUUGAAGAAGAAAGGCUCUGUCCACACCCUGGAGAUCAGGAUGUUGAGUCUGGAGGACGCUGGGGAGUACAGCUGCAUCACCAGAGGAAAGAAGACCACAGCCAUGCUGGUUGUGAAAGAGCGUGUGAAGAUCUUGUCAGGACUGAAGGACAUUAAGAUCAUGGCCGGGCAGGACGCAGUGUUUGUGUGUGAGCUGUCCCACAAGGAGGUAAGCGAGGGCGAGUGGUGGCUGGGCUCAAGCCCCCUGCAGAAGAACGAAAUGAACCAGAUGAGCUGCCUGGGCCACCAGCACCGCCUGGUCCUGACCAUGACCACACCAGAGGAGACCGGGACCGUGACCUUCGUGGUCGGGGAAGAAAAGACCUCCGCCCAGUUGCUGGUGCUCCCCAAACCCAAAGUACUCAUUGAAAAGAAGCCCCGGGACAUCGUCAUCAUGGAAGGGGAGACGGCCACAUUAUCCUGUAUGACAUCUGACCUCUUUACCCCUGUCACAUGGAGAAGGAACAAUAUGCCCCUCCUGAACGGAGACAAGUAUGAAACGCGUAAGGAGGGAAAACUCAACCUGCUGCUCAUCCAUGAGACCGAACCAGGGGACUCUGGGAUAUACUUCUGUGACACUGGAGACAUGCAGAGCAGCGCCAAUCUGACUGUCAACGAGGUGCCUCCAUACUUUGAGGAGGAGCUGCAGGCUGUGGAGGCUGAGGAGGGGGGAACGGCCUUCCUGACCUGUGAGCUGUCUAAGCCUGCAGUCCCAGUCCAGUGGAGGAAGGGCCGGCUACCUCUCAGGCCCAACAGGAAGUACCAGAUGAAGCAGGACGGCUGUGUGUUUCAGCUACACAUCCUGGAGCUGAAGAAAGAAGACGGUGGGAGCUACACGUUCCAGGCAGGUGGUAUAGAAACCACCGCCUCUGUGUCUGUGAAAGUUAAGGUACUCAUUGAGAAGAAGCCACGGGACACCGUCAUCAUGGAAGGGGAGACGGCCACCCUAUCCUGUUCGACCUCUGACCUCGUUACCCCGGUCACAUGGAAAAGGAACAGGAUGCCCCUCCUGAACGGAGCCAAGUAUGAGAUGCGUAAGGAGGGCAAACUCAACUUGCUGCUCAUCCAUGAGACCGAACCAGGGGACUCUGGGAUAUACUCCUGUGACACUGGAGACAUGCAGAGCAGCGCCAAUCUGACUGUCAACGAGGUGCCUCCAUACUUUGAGGUGGAGCUGCAGGCUGUGGAGGCUGAGGAGGGGGGCACGGCCUUCCUGGCCUGUGAGCUGUCUAAGCCUGCAGUCCCAGUCCAGUGGAGGAAGGGCCGGCUACCUCUCAGGCCCAACAGGAAGUACCAGAUGAAGCAGGACGGCUGUGUGUUUCAGCUACACAUCCUGGAGCUGAAGAAAGAAGACAGUGGGAGUUACACGUGCCAGGCAGGUGGUAUAGAGACUACCGCCUCUGUGGCUGUAAAGCCUCCCUCAGAUAAGGCAGAUCCUCCCAAGACAAUUCCUCCCACAAAGGCUCCCACGAAGGCUCCCUCUCCCACUUCUCCACCAGAAGAGGCCCAACCUGGCCCUCUAGAGCGAAGGAAACGGGGCAUGACCCGGUCAUCCAUUGUGGAGUCAGAGGAAGACCUGGAGCCUGAGGAAAAAGAGACAGCGGUAGACCAGCAGGAGAAACAGUCAUUAAGGUCUAUGGGUAAGGAGACUAAGGUAGACCAGCAGGAGAAACAGUCAUUUGGGUCUAUGGGAAAGGAGACAGCGGUAGACCUGCAGGAGAAACAGUCAUUAAGGUCUAUGGGUAAAGAGACAGCGGUAGACCAGCAGGAGAAACAGUCAUUAAGGUCUAUGGGUAAAGAGACAGCGGUAGACCAGCAGGAGAAACAGUCAUUAAGGUCUAUGGGUAAGGAGACUAAGGUAGACCAGCAGGAGAAACAGAAAGUGAAACAGCCAGUAGGUAUGGUGAAGGAUAACAUAGCAGAAAAUACACAGAAACAGCUAGUACCACCACUGAGGUCUAAAGGGAAGGAGGCAACUAUGGUGAAGGAGACACAGAUGGACCAGCCGGAGAAAGAGCCAGUGAAACAGCCAGUCAGAGCUAUAGUGACGGACACAGAGGAGAAAAAGUAUAUGGUGAAGAAGACUGAAAUAGACCUGUUGGAGAAAAAGAUGAAAGAGGUUGGGGUACACCAGGUGGUGAAACAACCAGUUCCACCAGUGAGACGAGCAUCUAUAGUGUCGGAUGCUGGGAUAGACGAGAUGAGGAAGCAGCCAGUUCCACCAUCAAGAAGAGCAUCUGUUGUUUCAGUUUCGGAUGCUGGGGUAGACAAGGUGAGGAAACAGCCAGUUCCACCAUCAAGAAGAGCAUCUGUUGUUUCAGUUUCGGAUGCUGGGAUAGACGAGAUGAGGAAGCAGACAGUUCCACCAUCAAGAAGAGCAUCUGUUGUUUCAGUUUCGGAUGCUGGGGUAGACAAGGUGAGGAAACAGCCAGUUCCACCAGUGAGAAGAGCAUCUGUUGUUUCAGUUUCGGAUGCUGGGGUAGACGAGAUGAGGAAGCAGCCAGUUCCACCAUCAAGAAGAGCAUCUGUUGUUUCAGUUUCGGAUGCUGGGGUAGACGAGGUGAGGAAACAGCCAGUUCCACCAGUGAGAAGAGCAUCUGUUGUUUCAGUUUCGGAUGCUGGGAUAGACGAGAUGAGGAAGCAGCCAGUUCCACCAUCAAGAAGAGCAUCUGUUGUUUCAGUUUCGGAUGCUGGGAUAGACGAGAUGAGGAAGCAGCCAGUUCCACCAUCAAGAAGAGCAUCUGUUGUUUCAGUUUCGGAUGCUGGGGUAGACAAGGUGAGGAAACAGCCAGUUCCACCAGUGAGAAGAGCAUCUGUUGUUUCAGUUUCGGAUGCUGGGGUAGACGAGGUGAGGAAACAGCCAGUUCCACCAGUGAGAAGAGCAUCUGUUGUUUCAGUUUCGAAUGCUGGGGUAGACGAGGUGAGGAAACAGCCAGUUCCACCAGUGAGAAGAGCAUCUGUUGUUUCAGUUUCGGAUGCUGGGGUAGACGAGGUGAGGAAACAGCCAGUUCCACCAGUGAGACGAGCAUCUAUAGUGUCGGAUGCUGGGGUAGACAAGGUGAGGAAUCAGCCAGUUCCACCAGUGAGACGAGCAUCUAUAGUGUCGGAUGCUGGGGAAGACAAGGUGAGGAAUCAGGCAGUUCCACCAGCGAGACGAGCACCUAUAGUGUCGGAUGCUGGGAUAGAGCAGAUAGUUAGAUCUAAAAAGGAGAUAGAUAUAGAAGUAGACCAUCAGAACAAACAGUCAGUGAAGUCUAUGGUGAAGGAGACAGAUGAAGACCAUCAGGAGAAACAGCCAGUGAAGUAUAUGGUGAAGGAGACAGAGGUAGACCAGAGGGACAAACAGCCAGUAAGGUUUACAGUACAGGAGACGGAAAAACCCAAGAUUGCGGAGGAUGGUAACCAACUCCAUAUCUCAGUGGGUGAGUCCUUCACUGAGGCUCCCACCCAGGUAAGCGUCAACCAGAAGACCAGCAAGCCUGUAGUUGCUGUUGCUGGAGUUCCCAAGGGGCUCCAGAUGACUAAGCAAUUUGACGAGACUGAACCUGACAUGGAAAUCAGUGUUGAGGACGAACCUGAAAUGCUGGAAGCCGCCAUCAAGAUCCAGGCAGCUUUCAAAGGAUACAAGACUCGCAAAGAUAUGCGGCCAGUCUUCAAGCAGGUGUUCAAGAACCAGAACGUUGAGACCAACGGUACCAUCCAGCUAGCAUGCAUGGUGGAAGGGAAGCCCAACGCAGUACGCUGGCUGAAGAAUGGCCAGCAGAUCAUAGGAGACCAACGCCACCGCAUGAACACCUCAGAGGAUGGUGUCUGCACACUGGUGAUCAUCAACAUGUCAGCCAUAGACACUGGGGUCUAUACGUGUGAGGUGGUCAACAAGUUUGGUGUGACCUCAUAUAAUGGCAACAUUACCGUGGGUCAACCUCAAAAGCCUCCAUCCUCCACCCAGAGGCCUGCAGCCCCAGCACAGCCCUCCACCCCUUCUGUGCACCCAGUCCUGGCCUCUGUUGGCCCUCUCCAGCCAGCCCAGACCUCCACCUCUGGAAAGGAGACUAUGGGUUCUGUGGAGAGCGAGGGGAUCUCCCUGUGGCAGGCCUACAACCUGACCGAGGAGGAUUCCCGCAUGACCCUGCAGGAGAGGAGGAGGGCCUCCCUCAUCGCCGCCAGCUCUAUGUCUAGUCCAUCUGACUACGACACAGCUCCAGAUUUCAUAGAGCCUGUUGACAUCAUCCCCAAAGAUCACCCCAGGGAAAAGGAAGCCAUUAAGUCAGAAGACCAGUUACAACAUAAGGUUAAAGAACAGAAAGUCACCCCUCAACCACCAAAGAGGCAUUUGAAGGUCAAAGCUACUGAUGCCAAGCUGAGGACUCUGUCCCCGAAACACCACCGUGCCCACAUGUCUGCUGCUCUUACAGGCUCUGGCUCAGAGUCAGAUGGUGACGAGGACAGAAAAGAGACAUUUGCUAUCUAUGUGGCCAGAGCUAAGUGCAGCUCUCAACACAGUGGCAAUAAGGCGAGCUUUGUGUUGAAGGAGGGCCAGUACGUGGAGGUCUUGGACUCUGUCCACCCUGAGACGUGGCUGGUCCGCACCAAACCCUCCAAGAACACCCCCUCACGCCAAGGAUGGGUCUCUCCUGCAUACCUGGAGAAGAAGAGAACGACAUUCCCACAAGUGAGGACACCACAACAGGAGAUGGAUGGAUCAGGUUCUACAGGGGAGGAGUACAGGAGAACAGUAAGCCAAUUGAUCCAGGGGCUGAUUGAUGGGGAGGAAGAGUUUGUGAAGGUGAUGAAGGACUUUACGUCCCACUACCUGCACCACUUAGACACCAGCCCUGAUGUCCCCAUCAACAUCAUCAACCAGAAAGAAACCAUCUUCCGCAAUAUCAAGGACAUCAUGGCUUUACAUGAGAGGUCUAUUCUGCCUAGGCUGAGCGAGUGUUCUACUGAUGAUGAUGUGGCCAUGCACCUGGUCAAACAUGCAGAGGACUUUGAGAAGUAUCUGCAGUACAUGAUGGGCCAAACACAGGCAGAGACCUGUGUGACUGACAAGACCAUCCAGCAGUACUUCAAGCAUAACACGGAGACAGAGCCUGAGCACCCCAAAACUGCAGUGCUGGAUGUCAUCACCUUCUUACAGAGACCAGUGGAGAGGAUUCAGACCUACCAGGCCUUACUCAAGGAGCUGAUCAAGAACAAGGCUAAGUGUGGGAAAAGCUGCCGUCUGCUGGAGGAUGCAUUCUCCAUGGUGUCCUGUCUGCCCUGGCGUUCUGACAACCUGCACCAGGUGUCUCUGAUUGAGAACUACCCUGCCCCACUCACUGCACUGGGGGAACCCGUCCGCCAGGGUUCCCUCACUGUGUGGGAGGAGUCUCCUGAGAUCAAGACAUCCUCCAGGUGGCACCAGAGGCAGGUGUUUCUCUUUAAGGACUGUAUCCUCCUCUGUAAGCUCAAGAGAGACCCCUGCAUGAACUCUGACACCUAUUCCUUCAAGAACAAGAUGAAGCUGAAUGAUGUGGAGGUGAAGGAGACAGUGGGGGGAGAUGAGAAGUCCUGGGAGCUGUGGCACGAGCACCGGGGCUCAGUGAGGAGGUACACACUGCAGGGUCACUCCACCCUGCUCAAGCUGUCCUGGCUCAAAGACCUGAGAGAGCUGCAGCAAUGCUCCAGCCUGACUGCCUGCAGUCCACCAGAGUUCGAAGUUCUCCUGGCAGACUGCACAACAAAGAUCGGGCAGACAAUCAAACUGACCUGCAAAGUCAAAGGAACACCCAAACCAGUGUUCAGCUGGUUCAAAGACGGCCUGGCCCUAGAGGACAGCCCCCACCACAUCAUCACUGCAGACCGGGCAGGCACCUGGUGUCUCAUCCUGGACGGGGUCACUCCCAAGGACUCUGGACAGUACGUGUGCUACGCCUCCAGCUCCGUGGGUCAUGCUAGCACACUGGCCAAGAUAGUGGUGGACGCACCCCCCAGGUUCAUUACUAGGCUGCAGAGUGCAUGUCUGCUGGAGGGAGAGGACGUCCAGUUUACCUGCUCCACACACAGCACACCGCUACCCCGAAUCAGGUGGUUUAAGGAUGGCAGAGAGCUGACAGACCAGAGGAAGUACCACAUAGAGAGUGAUGCCCGCAGUGGGAUUCUCACUCUCACCAUCAUGAACCCUGGAGAGACAGACCUGGGACAGUAUGAGUGUGAGCUGUGGAACCAGUUGGGCAGUGCCAAGAGUAAAGCAGAGCUGUGCGCCGCCUUCACACAAGUGAUUGACAGUCAGCCUGACCAACCACAGGUCCUCUUGACCAAAGGUAGGAGAGUUCCACCCAAUCAAGGUAAAUGUCCACCUCAGAGUAAGGAAGCAGGUUUUGAUAAGAAGGCUAUCUACACUAUAAGACUGGUUAAUAGGAUGACAUCCCCCGAGCAGGAAGUACCUCACAGAACCUUCAUCAUAUAUGAAGUAAUGAUUUUGGAUUAUAAAACUCUAAGUGGACCUAAGAGCAUCUGUCAGUCUGUGAGUGGUGUCAUUGUGCUUCCUCCAGACUCAGAGGGCUGGUCCACUGCCAUGGUGAAGCAAUGGCUGCAGACAGACUUCAGCCCCACAUCUAUCGUCAAAAUGCUCUUCCAGCCUGGAUACACUCAGCCAGCUGAGGGUGGCCCAGAGGAAAGGGACCCCACCACCAGAGGCCACGUGGAGGUGCCACAGUUCCCCAAUGAUCUUGAGGAGAGACCUGAGGUUGAGGAGGAACUUUAUGUCCCUGAGACCAUACAGGAAAUGACAACAGCUCCUCCCGCCAUUCAGGUGCCGGCAGAGGACCUGUGUGUGGAGUCUGGCCAAUCAGCUACCUUCACCAUCAUCAUCACAGGAAGGCCCACCCCCGAGAUUCAGUGGUACAAGGAUGGAGAGGAGCUGUUGGCCAAUGAGAAUGUGGAGGUGGUCCAGAAUGGUGCCCGCUGCUCUCUGACUGUGCUGUGCCCGGAGAGCGAGGACGGUGGCAUCUACACCUGCUGGGCCUAUAACAACUCAGGACACACCUCCUGUCAGGCUCAGCUCACAGUGGAGGAGGGUCCACUGGAGUCGCAGGAGAAGGAGGUGGAGCUUGGGAAGAGGAGGAAGCUGCUCUCUGUGUAUGACGUCCAUCAGGAGAUAGGGAGAGGCACAUAUGGGGUGGUGAAACGGGUUACCCACAGGAGGACUGGCGAGGGCUUUGCCGCCAAGUUCCUGCCCCUGAGGAGCAGCACAAGGACCAGGGCGUUCCAGGAGAGGGACCUGCUCUCCCGGUUGGCCCACCCCAGGGUGUCCUGUCUGCUGGACUUCUUCUCCACGCGCAGGACCCUGGUCCUGGUCACUGAAGUCUGCUCUUCUCAUGGUCUUCUUGAUCAUUUGCUGUUGAAGGGAUCGGUCAGUGAGAGAGAGGUGCAGUUGUACGUUCAGCAAAUCCUGGAGGGAGUUGGUCACAUUCACAGCAUGAACAUCCUUCAUCUGGACAUCAAACCGGACAAUAUCCUGAUGGUGUUUCCACCCAGAGAGGAGAUCAAGAUCUGUGACUUUGGCUUCUGUCAAGAGAUGGACACUUCCAGACACCAGUACAGUCAGUUUGGAACUCCAGAGUUUGUAGCCCCUGAGAUCAUACAUCAAGACCCUGUCACUAUAGCAAGUGAUAUCUGGUCCAUUGGUGUUGUGGCGUAUUUAUGUCUGAUGUGCCGCUGUCCGUUCGUGGGGGAGACGGACCGGGCCACUCUGCUGAGGGUGGGGGAGGGGACACUGAACUGGGACGCACCCGACCUCACCUACAGGAGCACCGGGGCCCAGGACUUCCUCCGCACGGUCCUGCAGCCAGACCCAGAAAAGCGACCAACUGCAUUUGAGUGUCUGGGGCAUGAAUGGUUCCAGAGCGAGGAUGAAACUGAUGAUAUCAACACAAGGGCUCUGAAAGUCUUUAUUUCAAGGAGGAAAUGGCAGCGUUCUCUGACCUGCCUGGGCUCGGUCCUCACCCUGAGGCCCAUCUCAGAGCUGCUCGAUGCCCCUCCUCGGGAGACCUCUGUCACGGCCCCGAGGGACACCCAUGAGCCCAGCAGCACCUCAAUGAGCAGCGGCUCCUCCUCGGAGUACGACGAGGCUGACGCCUGGGACUUCUUCCAUCACUGCACCACCACAGAGGAGGAUGAAGAUGAGGAGGAGGAAGACUUCGACCUCCUCAUGGAGAGAGCCAGGAUCCCAGAGCCCUUCGCCAAGCUGAAAUGGGACGAAGAGGAGGAGGAAGGGACCAUGGAAGAAGAGGAAGAGGAGAUGGGAGGACGGAGGAGCGUGCUGAGUAGGAGCAUAAGCAGGCAGUCCAUAGUGUCUUCAGACGCCUCCAGGCAGCCGACGCCCCAGAGGGAGAGGAGGGUCAGCCGAGACAGCAGCCCGUCCCUGUACCUCUCCGAGGGGGAUGACGGCUCCGCGUCCGGGAGUGAAGGAGGGCGCAUCGCCAGGAGCAGCCUGAUCCGCAGCACCUUCUACAAUAGCUCUGCGCAGCUCUCUCCCAUGUCCGCCCGCCACAUGACCCUCAGAGACAAGUUCCAGGCCAAGAAGCAGGAGAGGGGCCGCAAACCGCUCCGCAGCAGCCUCUCUAGCCGCCUCAAUGAGCCGCUCAUUGAGUACAUGGAGGACGAGGGAGACACCAAUCACGGGCAACGGCGGGGGUCUUUGCAGUCGUCCAUGCUCAAGUCCUGCUCCUUCGACAGCGGGGUCGGCCUCUCGCACAAUGCACCCCCGCAGAGGAGGAGCAGGUCGUUGGACGAUUACUCCCGACGCUCACCAGGAGCCGCCAAACGCAGAGAAGAGGAGGGUUCUUUGAGUCUUAAGGAGGAUUUCACUGAUGAGGAGGAGGAGAAGAGCUUGGUCGUUGCCCCUCCCCAAAUCAAAGGUAGAAGAGGUUCAGUGGCAGUGGCUCCCGCUCAGCUUACGGCCAGGCUUCAGAAACUGGGUGCAAAAUUGCCCAAUGCUGGUCCAGAGAAGAGCCCUAGGCCAGAGCAGGGGAGACCAGGGGAGGAGGAGGGGGAGAACCUGGCUGGCUCGCAGUGCUCCCUGGCUGAGUCCCUCAUCCUCGAGCAUGGCUCUGAGACCUCCAGCAGGCUGGGCUCCUGUGAGGAUAUGUCCCACGGCCACCCUUCAGCCACACAUAGAGGGAGAGCAGGAGAAGAGUAUGAUGACCAGGAGGAGCCCCUAAUCACCCCGUCCCCCUGCUCCCUACUCCAGGCAUCUGAGGUUGAGGAAUCUGAGCAGGAGCCCCAGCGCCGGAGCGGCCAACUUCCAAUCCCACCGAGAAGGACAACACACCCCAACCAGAACCCAAUAGCCAGAAAUAAGGGUCAGGUAGAGAGGAAGGUCCUGCCGGUGAAACCCAGCCCCAGCCUGUCCAGCAAGGCCCCAGAGAGGCCCCCAAGGGCCAGCGACACAGAGGCACGACUCCAGAGGCAUUCGUCCACCCCGGCCCUCCAGGCCAAACCGCCCACGGGGAAGUCUCCCAGGAUGUCACCCAAAGUUGGGUUGAUGAAUCUGUUCCGUAGACAGUCCUGGGCAGGGCAUUCCUACUCCCAACUGGAGGGCACGGAGCAGGGACCCACGCUAGGGGAAUUGGAGCCCAAAACCCCCAUCAUGUCACUCAGGAAGAAGAUGAGAGCAUCAGCCUCUAGCCUCACCAAGCUGUUCACUAAAUCGUCCAGCAAGGAAGACUUAACGAAGGGAGGGCCGAUCGUAAAGGGUUCAUUUCCUGUUCCGCCUGAGCAAGAGGCAAGCCCUGGCUUGGAGAGCGCCAAAAAUAAAUCCAAGUUCUUCCCAUUCAAAAUACCUAAAAUACCUGCAUUCAAAAAGAACAAAGAAAUGCCUAUCCGCCCCACCAGGCCUGAUGUGCACCAUUUGGAGGCAGGUGGAUUUCUGCUGGUAUGGAGACCAGUGCAGUCCAGCGACCCAGUGGUUUACAGUGUUCAGUACAGCACAGACGGUGGGGAGUGGAAGCUCCUGUCGGAGGAGGUGACAGACAGUUGCUACGUGGUGAAGGACUUACCCAGAGGAGCAGGAUACGUGUUCAGGGUGGGCUGCAUCACAAAGACAGGGGCAGGACCUUUCAGUGACCCUUCACCACCUGUUGUUAUGGCAACCCAUCCUGAAGAGACCCACAUUCCCCUCAUCCAGACCGAGUCCCCAGGUUCAAAGGGCAGUGGGUCAGGAGGUCAACCUAGCCACAAGACCUACAGCUUCCUAUCAGAGAUCAACAGGGGUCGUUUCAGCGUGGUGACCCAGUGUCAGGACAGCCAUAGCCAGCAGCUAUUUGCUGCCAAGAUCACCCCCUGCAGGCCAGAGAAGAGACAGCUGGUGCUCAGGGAGUACCAGCUGCUGAAGAGGCUCAACCACCCCCACCUGGUGCAGCUGCAGACGGCCUACAUAACCCCUUACUACCUGGUGCUCAUCCAGGAGCUGUGUGCCGGCAGAGAGCUGCUCUACAACCUGGCUGAGCGAGACCUGUAUUCUGAGCUCCAUGUAGCAGAGCUGCUGGCUCAGAUCCUGAGUGCUGUGGACUACCUGCACGGUCGCCGCGUUGUCCACCUGGACCUCAAGUCAGACAACAUGCUGGUGACGGACCGCAACGUGCUGAAAAUCGUAGACCUGGGCUCUGCUCAGUCCUUCACGCCCGGACAGACACUCAACAUAGAGCACAUUCAGGGACAAGAGAAAGUUUACAUUGUCCUUCCUAAAGCUCCGGAAAUCCUCGACGGACAAGGAGUCGGACCUGAGACCGAUAUCUGGGCUAUUGGGGUGUUAGCUUUUACAAUGUUGAGUGCAGAUAGCCCGUUCCAUUCAGACCUAAACUGGGAGAGGGACAGGAACAUCCGAAAGGGGAAGAUCCAGUUUGGCCGCUGCUACCCUGGCCUGUCAGAGGCAGCAAUCAACUUCAUGAAGAACACACUGAGCAACAAGGCCUGGGGGAGACCCUCAGCAGCUGAGUGCCUCCAGAACCCUUGGGUACGGGGUGAGCGGGCCCCCUCCAAACACAGAGACUCCAUCUUGUGUUUCUCUACCGACAAGCUGCAGGCCUUCCUCAAGGAGAGAGAGGUGAAACGAGACCAGGUCCGCACCAAGCUGCAAGGCCCGUUCUUCCAUUGAUCUGCUCUUCCAUUUGGACUGUUAGGAAUUACAAAUGAACUGGAGCUGGAUGAUGUAUCUUCAUAGCCCAGAUCCUGAUCACAAAUAUGUGAUGUCUUACAAAUUUACAUUUACAUUUUUGUCAUUUUUGUUGAUCCAAAAUAGAGACUGGUCAAAUGUGUAUGUAUUAAUGGCUGUCUAAAGUUUUGUUAAAAGUGUAUAUGUCUGAAUGAAUUGGACUUUGGCUUUGGUUGAAUUACGGCGUCAUGAUAUCAGGGAAAUGUUUAGUUAGAUGCUUUAUGCAAAAACAGUUGCAUGAGUUUGAAAACAUGAGGAUGUGGAUGUGUGAAUACAUCGUCCCUUGGAGUUUGCGGCAUUGGACAUUACAAAAGUUAAUAUUUAAUUCUCUAGAUUUGUAGAUUUUGUGGUUUAUUAGCCAAGGCGACAGAUCAGAGGAGGGUUCAUGUGCCCAAAGCAUAGCAAGGGCCCCUACCUGCAUACAGUUUUGUCUCACAAAGAGAGGAAUGUUGAAAUCCCUAUCGGUAGAUACAUAUAGACAAAUAUUUAGAUAUAAAUAUAGAUAUUAAGAGUGAAAGAUUUACACUAUUGCAAUGUUUUACAUGUUUUCAAUGGUCUUAUUGUUAUAAUGUAUAAAUGGAGAAAAUUAAGUUUAAUUUUGAUGAUGGUUUAUUUGAUUUCAUGGAGUAUUCCUGUACCUUGGGACCGGUGCUGUAUGUACUGAAAGACACAUUAAACAGUAUAUGAGUGGUAA